AACAAGCCAUGCUGAUGUCAGAGAUUUUUCCUCUGCCCUCCACGGUGGGAGGAUCUCUGUGCGUUGAGUCACGCAGCUGUCAAAGAUAGCUGUCACCCAGUUUCAGGAUCAAACACACAGUCAAUGAGAAAAGGGCUUUGAGUCGAAGGGACGUAGAGAUCUCAGGUAAACCCCCCCACCCUCCUCAAGUCUCCAAAUAAGGACGACCAGAAGAGGAGGAAAAAAAAAAAGAAAAGAAAAGAGAAACGAGUUUUGAUGAAUAAGGAUUUUCGGAAAUUCGGAUACACACUUUGGAUAUCUGGAGAAAAGAAGAAAAACACUGCACUUACACAGAAGACAAUUUUCUUCUUCGCUUGACGAGGAAAAAGUGGGCAUUUUCGCACGGAGAUGAAGACGAAAAAGGGUUUGAUGAUGCUUUCUGGGAGUGAGACGGAUGAUGAGGACAGCGUGGACGCCCCUCUGGAUCUGUCGUCCAGCGCGGGGAGCAACGGGAAGAGGAAACGGCGGGGGAAUCUGCCUAAGGAGUCAGUUCAGAUCCUCAGGGACUGGUUGUACGAGCACCGUUACAACGCUUACCCCUCUGAACAGGAGAAAGCCCUCCUGUCCAAGCAGACUCAGCUCUCCACACUGCAGGUGUGCAACUGGUUCAUUAACGCACGGCGGCGACUUCUCCCAGAGAUGCUGAGGAAAGAUGGCAAAGAUCCCAACCAGUUUACGAUUUCCAGGAAAGGUAGCAAGGCUGGGGACAGCUUCUCUGACAGCUCCCAGUCCCCAAAACACAACAGUCCUGCAGCCAGUACAGAGGAGAGCUUCGACAAACGUGUUCUCCACCCCUCCAGCUUCGAACCCGCCAUGCCUGGUGUCCUGAGGAAGGCAGUGUCCCCCUCCAUACCCUCUCCAACCUCCACGUCCCCCUCUCCGGGGCUCAUGCCCACCCGCCCUUCUGUCAUCUGUCACACCACUGUCACCGCAGCAAUGCAGGCCAGCCCGACAGCCUCCCACGCUUCUGUGCCAGGAAUGAACUGCGACAGGGCAGCUGAGCUGUUGCAGUCUGCACAGGCGUUACUCAGGUGCCAGGAUGAAGGGCCAGGCAUCCAGCCACUCCCCACCACUACCACCAUCCUCAGCAGCACCAGCAUGGAGGGCAACCUGAGCCCCCGCAGCGGGCUGUUCAACACCCCUCCCCCCACCCCUCCAGACCUCACACAAGACUUCAGCGGCUUCCAGCUCCUGGUGGACGUGGCCCUCAAACGGGCUGCAGAAAUGGAGCUGCAAGCCAAACAGCUGGUCUCCUAAAGGGAGAAAGUGAAGAAGAAGAAGAGGAGGCAAUAGAGACUGACUUUGUGUCUCGACUAUGGGACUCAUUGUUCCAUAGUCUGAGUUCAGUGACUUGUCUGCACGCAACAGAGAACAAAUCCACAUGAAAGCCUGAUCAUUUCUAUUUUUGGUAUACCAAUCAAAUUGAUGAGGAUGUUUGUUUGUUUGGUUUUUUUUUUGUUUUUUUGUUUGUUUGUUUUUAAUUGAGAAAAAAAACUGUAUUGAGGUGCCUUGGCUGUAAGUUGUUUAUUCAUUUCAUAUACAUGCGUAUGUAUCUACAUGUGUAUCUUAUUUGCACACAGGGACCAAAAAUGUUAUCAGAUAUAAAUGCUGCCUGUCUUAUGUCUUUCCAUUAUACUGUAUAUCAUUUUAGAGAACAGAGCAAGAGCUAGAGCUAGAAUCAGCCCUCCUUCACAGACCAAUCAGGCGGAUUGGUUGCAUCCACACACGUUUACUGUUUUACAUUUCAGAGAUCAGUUCAUUAUUGUUCUGCCUCAUUUGUUUGCACACUAAAGGCAGAGGAAGGUCAUCUCAGUGUCUUAAACAUACUUUGCUCUUGGCAUCUAUGACAAACUUAUUCACUACUGUAGUAAAUGUUAUGUGUUUUCAUGAGUAUGACUAUAGUUUUGAUUUUGUAAUUUACUUUUACUUUUAGCUAUUUUAAAAGAAAAAAAACUUCUAUGCUUUUUUUUUUUUUUUUAAACUCUUUUUCCCACCAAGGGAUAUUUCAGAUGACCAAUGUAGCAGGUUCUUAGUCUGAGCCUUCAUCCCAUCACUCAGCGAAAACGACGGCCAGUGGACUGGAAAAUUAAACACUACAGAUGUCUUUUCUGCAAUUUGCUGUUUUACAACCUGACAAAGACAGCAUUUUUUGAGAUCACCAAAAAACAUUUUCAUGUAUAAUAGGACCAUUAUAUGCUUAAUGUGACAUAAUGCCCAAUGAUGUGAUUUCUUUUCAUACUGUGCAAUGUUUGUGGCAAAUAGGGGUCACAUGGGAUUCAAAUAAAUUUUUGUUUUUCUACA